UUUGAUACCUGUGUAAUUUACAAUUUAAUUUACUGGGAAUUAUAUCAAGUGCAUAAUCAGAAAAUUAAUUUUUCAAGAAAUACAAAAAGCUUUUCCAACUACAUAUUCCAAUAAGUAAAAUAAAAUUUCACGGGACAUUUACAAGUUUUUAUAAGACCUCUAUAAGUUUUCUACAUUUAUUCUGAAAAACUCGAAAUGCAACUCGAAGAGAGAAAUUCGUACCUGCAAGGUCCUUACAGCAGUCCAACAAUUGCUACAAUUCGCGAAAUGGAUGAUAGCGACACCGAGGCUGGAGCACCACUUCGGUCUGGGAGCAGAAAAUCCCGUCCCCCCUCCGUCGUGGUCAUGAAAAGAGAGUCGUUCGCAAAAAGUGUGAAGGCAAUUGUUCUCGAGAAACCUCCAACAAAGGACCCUGUUGGGUACACUGCGUCUAUGGUUCAGCUCUGCUGUGCCAUUCCAGUUGCUGGGUGUGGAAUUUGCUGCUUUCUUCUCCUCCUCCUCCUUCUCAACUUCAUCCCAAUUGGUACAAUUGUCGUGGGGGCACUUUACUUUGAUCGGAAAACGUAUUGUCCCGUGGAGAAUGUCUCACUUCUACUCGUCAUUGGUGGAGCCAUAUCUCUGGUCCAGGGGCUAGCGGAGUCUACGAUGAGGGCGAUUGGAUUCUGGAAAAGUCGAAAAGGAGAAAAUAGGACGCCUAAUCAUCCAGCCAUUCAAAUUACGAAUCUUAUCUUACGUCUGGCUUCGUUUGGUUGGUUUGUUGCUGCUUGUGUUAUUAUUUAUCGAUUAUAUCCAGAUGUCAGUUUUGAUAGUUCAUCUCAAGAUUAUUGCCAUCCCUUUCUCUAUGGCGUGGCUUUCUGGUUGGUGACGGUUACUUUAAUCUUUAUUGGGUUGGGGGCGGCAUUACUUUGUUGUUCCUGUUGUUGUAUGUUAUUCAUUAAGGGGGAGUAAAUGCUGUCCCUUUCAUCUCUCUAUUUGCCAUACACGGAGAAUAUGUAAUAAAUAAGUCUAUUAGAUAAUAAUACAGUCUAA